GUCGCUCCCCAGCGCCGCCGAGCAGGUUAGUGUGCUCGUGUUAUGUGUCAGCCCAGCGGUAUUGACAAUAGGCUGAGAGGAAGCAGCAUCCAGGACCUAAUGGUGGAAUGUCACAUCGCCACACGCCGUCGUUUUUACACAGCAGCGUGUUGUUGUUGAUGGGACUUUGAAGGACCCGGGGGAGCUGACUUUGGCUGUCGGAGGCCGACAUUGUGUUUCCGCCGCUGCUCGCACCGAGCUGGAGGUAGCCCCCCCCCCCUCUUAGCUUCCCAAACAUAGGAUAACUCCUAACCGCCGUCUCCGUCGCGAACAGCAGAGGAUCAAGGUAAAGUACCUCCAUUGGAGCGGGGCACUGUGGGACUGUGGGACGGUGCGUGUCCAGCCCAGCGCCCGGUCAGUCUGUCGGGCUCUCGCUAGCAGCGUUAGCACCUGUGUAUUUUCGCCUGGGAUGAUGGGUGAUCGCCCGAACCCGCCCAGCAGGGCUAUGUCCUCGGCAGCCACCACACCUCCAUCUGUGGACAAAGUGGACGGAUUUUCCCGGAAGUCUGUCAGGAAGGCCAAGCAGAAGCGGUCACAGAGUUCGUCCCAGUUCCGCUCUCAGGGCAAACCCAUCGAGCUCACACCUUUGCCGCUGCUAAAGGACGUACCGGCCCCGGAGCAGCCUGAGCUGUUCCUCAAGAAGCUGCAGCAGUGCUGUACGGUCUUUGACUUCAUGGACACGCUGUCAGACCUCAAGAUGAAGGAGUACAAGCGGUCCACACUCAACGAGCUGGUAGACUACGUGACCGUCAGCCGGGGCUACCUGACAGAGCAGGCCUACCCUGAAGUCGUCAAAAUGGUGUCUCACAACAUAUUCCGGACCCUUCCGCCCAGCGACAGUAACGAGUUUGACCCGGAGGAGGACGAGCCCACGCUCGAGGCCUCCUGGCCUCACUUACAGUUGGUAUACGAGUUCUUCAUCCGCUUCUUGGAAAGUCAGGAGUUCCAGCCCAGCAUUGCCAAAAAGUACAUUGACCAGAAGUUUGUCCUCCAGCUCCUGGAGCUGUUCGACAGCGAGGAUCCUCGGGAGAGAGACUACCUGAAAACCGUCUUGCAUAGAAUCUACGGCAAAUUCCUGGGGCUGAGGGCUUUUAUACGAAAACAGAUCAAUAAUAUUUUUCUACGUUUUGUUUAUGAGACGGAGCACUUCAACGGGGUGGCUGAGUUGCUGGAGAUCCUGGGCAGUAUAAUCAACGGCUUCGCUUUGCCGCUGAAGGCGGAGCACAAACAGUUUCUGGUCAAAGUGUUGAUCCCGCUCCACACGGUCCGCAGCCUGUCGCUCUUCCACGCACAGUUGGCGUAUUGCAUUGUACAGUUCCUAGAGAAAGACCCGACAUUAACAGAACCAGUCAUCAGAGGCUUGCUGAAGUUCUGGCCUAAAACCUGCAGUCAAAAAGAAGUGAUGUUUCUAGGCGAGCUAGAGGAGAUCCUGGACGUCAUAGAACCCACACAGUUCGUCAAGAUCCAGGAGCCGCUCUUCAAACAGAUCUCCAGAUGCGUCUCCAGCCCACACUUCCAGGUGGCCGAGCGAGCGCUGUACUACUGGAACAACGAGUACAUCAUGAGUCUGAUCGAGGAGAACUCCAGCGUCAUCCUGCCCAUCAUGUUCGCCAACCUCUAUCGCAUCUCCAAAGAACACUGGAACCCGGCCAUCGUGGCGCUGGUCUACAACGUCCUGAAGGCGUUCAUGGAGAUGAACAGUACUUUAUUCGAUGAACUCACAACCACUUACAAGUCAGACCGCCAGCGCGAGAAGAAGAAGGAGAAGGAGCGCGAGGAGCUGUGGAAGAAGCUGGAGGACUUGGAGCUGAAGCGAGGCCUUAGGAGCGACGGGAUCAUCCCGACUUAACGAAGACGGCGCUGAACAACGCCCCGCCCCCCUCUCCUCUCACCCCCCCCCUUUCCCUCUACAGCCCCUCCCCCUUCACGUCAGCCAUGUCUGCCCAGAGCUCCAAAAAAAAGAGGUUCCCUGCUGAAGUCCAUCCUGUGUGGAUCCACACGGAGCACCCACCCACCCGCUGGUCUGGUCUUUGUUUUGCUUUUCUUCUUUUUCUGUUUCUUUUCUUUCUCCUCCUGUGUUCGUGCGACUUACUUUACAGUAGAUUCAUCACGUCUCUUCUCACUCUUUCAACACUGUAAAUAAUUUUUGGGGUUCCUUUUUUUUUUUCUUUUUUUUUUUUCCCUCCCCACCUCAAACUGCUAUUGUUGCAAACGGACGGGAGAAAAACUAAACAAUAACAAUAAACAAACAAACAAAAAAAAAAGGACGAAAAAAUAGAAAAUGAGAAAAUGACUUGUGUGGGCGGGGCUUUAAAACAAACCAACAUUGGGACGUGGAACGGAGUGAAGAUGGUUUGUUUGUGUCCGCACUCGACUCCAUCGCCGUCUCCUCCUUUUUGGUUCUGCUCUUGGACUUCUUUUCCUUGACUCCUCCCACUCAACCACAAACAGGAAGUGAACGCCGCCGAAACACUACAGCUCGUUCUUUUGAGUGCGUCUACACGCGUGUCCGCACGCAGUUGUGAAAACUUCCCUCCGGAAUCGAACUCCGGCCGGAAGAAGCGAAGCGCUGUGAACACAUCGUGGCCGACAAUCCUCGCGUCGUAGCUCUCGGUCCUGCCUGCGCACAAGCGUUCAUCUGCUCACACGGCCCCGUUCCUGGCCGGAUCUCGCGCGAGAGGAAGAGGUGCCGUCUGCUGAAAAUGAUGGAAAGCGACACUCAGGUUGACGCUGUGGUCAAAGUUGGAAUUGCAGCAAAACACAUUUGAAGGCAUUCAACACUCUAUUGAUGUUCGGUGGCUAAAGUGCAAAUUUGUCACGUUUCAGGUGUCAGAUUGACGCUGUGGUCGAACUUGGAAUUGCCACACAACAUAUUUUUGGGCAUUUAACACUCUACUGCCGUGCGUUGGCUAAAGUAGAGAAUGCCCCCCCCCCCCCCCCCCCAAAAAAAAUUGUCACGUUUUAGGUGUCAGGUUGACGCUGUGGUCAAAAUUGGAAUUGCCUCAAAUCACAUUUUAAGGCAUUCAAAACUCUACGGCCGUCCGGUGGCUAAAGUGGAUGUUGCACUCCCCCUAAAUUUGUCACGUUUCAGGUGUCAGGUUGACACUGUGGUCAAACUUGGAAUUGCCCCAUAACACAUUUGAAGGCAUUCAACACUCUACUGCCGUCCGGUGGCUAAAGUGGAUAGUGCACCCCUGCAAAUUUGUCACGUUUCAGGUGUCAGAUUGACGCUGUGGUCGAACUUGGAAUUGCCACACAACAUAUUUUUGGGCAUUUGACAUUCUACUGCCGUCCGGUGGCUAAAGUGGAUAGGGCACUCCCCCUAAAUUUGUCACGUUUCAGGUGUCAGGGUGAAGCUGUGGUCGAACUAGGAAUUGCCCCAUCACACAUUUUAAGGCAUUUGACACUCUACUGACGUCCGGUGGCUAAAGUAGAGAGUGCACUCCCCCCAAUUUUGUCAUGUUUCAGGUGUCAGGUUGACACUGUGGUCAAACUUGGAAUUGCCCCAUAACACAUUUGAAGGCAUUCAACACUCUACUGCCGUCCGGUGGCUAAAGUGGAUAGUGCACCCCUGCAAAUUUGUCACGUUUCAGGUGUCAGAUUGAAGCUGUGGUCGAACUUGGAAUUGCCACACAACAUAUUUUUGGGCAUUUGACAUUCUACUGUCGUGCGUUGACUAAAGUAGAGAAUGCCCCCCACCCCCCCCCAAAUUUGUCACGUUUUAGGUGUCAGGUUGACGGUGUGGUCAAAAUUGGAAUUGACUCAAAUCACAUUUUAAGGCAUUCAAAACUCUACGGCCGUCCGGUGCCUAAAGUUGAUAGUGCACUCCCCCUAAAUUUGUCACGUUUCAGGUGUCAGGUUGACACUGUGGUCAAACUUGGAAUUGCCCCAUAACACAUUUGAAGGCAUUCAACACUUUACUGCCGUCCGGUGGCUAAAGUGGAUAGUGCACUCCCCCCUAAAUUUGUCACGUUUCAGGUGUCAGGUUGACACUGUGGUCAAACUUGGAAUUGCCCCAUCACACAUUUUAAGGCAUUUGACACUCUACUGCCGUCCGGUGGCUAAAGUGGAUAGUGCACCCCUUCUGAAUUUGUCACGUUUUAACUGUCAGGGUGAAGCUGUGGUCGAACUAGGAAUUGCCCCAUAACACAUUUGAAGGCAUUUGACACUCUACUGCCGUCCGGUGGCUAAAGUAGAGAGUGCACUCCCCCCAAUUGUGUCAUAUUUCAGGUGUCAGGUUGACACUGUGGUCAAAUUUGGAAUUGCCCCAUAACACAUUUGAAAGUAUAUGACACCCUACCGCUGUCCGAUGGCUAAAGUGGAGAGUGCACCCCGCCUAAAUUUGUCACGUUUCAGGUGUCAGGUUGACGCUGUGGUCGAACUUGGAAUUGCCACACAACAUAUUUUUGGGCAUUUGACACAUUACUGCCGUGCGUUGGCUAAAGUAGAGAAUGCCCCCCCCCACCCACCCCCCAAAUUUGUCACGUUUUAGGUGUCAGGUUGACGCUGUGGGCAAAAUUGGAAUUGCCUCAAAUCACAUUUUAAGGCAUUCAAAACUCUACGGCCGUCCGGUGGCUAAAGUGGAUAAUGCACUCCCCCUAAAUUUGUCACGUUUCAGGUGUCAGGUUGACACUGUGGUCAAACUUGGAAUUGCCCCAUAACACAUUUGAAGGCAUUCAACACUCUACUGCCGUCCGGUGGCUAAAGUGGAUAGUGCACCCCUUCUGAAUUUGUCACGUUUUAACUGUCAGGGUGAAGCUGUGGUCGAACUAGGAAUUGCCCCAUCACACAUUUUAAGGCAUUUGACACUCUACUGUCGUCCGAUGGCUUAAGUACAGAGUGCACUCCCCCCAAUUUUGUCAUGUUUCAGGUGUCAGGUUGACGCUGUGGUCAAAUUUGGAAUUGCCCCAUAACACAUUUGAAAGUAUAUGACACCCUACCGCUGUCCGAUGGCUAAAGUGGAGAGUGCACCCCGCCUAAAUUUGUCACGUUUCAGGUGUCAGGUUAACGCUGUGGUCGAACUUGGAAUUGCCUCAAAACACAUUUUAAGGCAUUCAACACUCUACUGUUGCUGAUGGCUAAAGUGAAUAGUGCACCUCCCACCCCCAAAAUUUUUUGUCACGUUUCAGGUGUCAGGUUGAUGCUCUGGUCAAAGUUGGAAUUGCCACAGAAGAACAUUUUAAGGCAUUCGACACUCUACUGCUGUCUGGUGGCUAAAGUAAAGAGUGCACCCUCCCCAAGUGUGUCACGUUUCAGGUGUCAGGUAAACUAUGACCAAAGGGGCCAUAGGAAUCCCCUUAAUACUGUAAGAGAGCUUGAUUCGCACAAUCCUCGUCUACGUGGUCCUGUUAAGUCACCAGGAAAGUAUUCACGGCGCCUCACUUUUCCGACAUUGUGUUCUGCUACAGCCUUAUUCCCCGAUUGAAAUACGCCCAUUUUUGUCCUCAAAAUGCUCCACAUAAUGACAAUGUGAUUUUUUUUUUUUAUUUUAAAAACUUAUUGAAAAUAAAAAAACAAAACAAAAAAAUCAUAUGUACAUGUGCUUAAAUGAUUUUUUUUUUUAAUUAUGUUUAAUUCAUUUGCUAAAUUUAAAAAAAAAAAAAGUUUCACGUUGUCAUCAUGGGGUAUUGUGUGGAGAAUUUUGAGGACAAAAAUCAAUUCAUUCCAUUUCGGAAGAAGUCUGUAACGUAGCAAAAUGUGGGAAAAGCCCAGCUCUGCCGCAUGGAGCCAAACGCCAUCAAAGUCCACCAGACGCGCGGCGAGCACUCGUGUAGACGCUCUCCUUGCCUCUUCUAAGAGUGACGGUGCAAUUCCCGCCUCUGGACCCCGCCCCCCGCCCCUUCCCAGCCAUGUGGCAUCGGUCUGGCACUGAUGCCCCCUCCCCCCAUCAACCCCCGUCCUAUAAGACGCCGUGGAGGAAUCAAACAAAAAGUGUGGAGAAGAGCGCCGAAGAUCCUCCCGGCGAUGGCCACCGGGGGCGCUGCGUGGCCUUCGCAGUAUUAAAGAAGAGGGGAAAGACGAGCACCCUGUACAUUGUUAUUGAAUGCCGCACACUGAUAAUCUUGUAUCUUGUAGCCAUUUAGCUUCUCUCGUUGCUUAGCAACGCACGGAGAGGGAUAGAAAGCGGAAUGACGGCGCGACUUGUGACCCCCCCCCCCCUCCCUCGCCGGACCUCCGAGCUCAUUUUGCAUACUUUCUUCACACCAUUGAAUAUAUGUUUGUUUUUCUUUUUGUUUUUUUAUAGUCGGAAAGGGGGCGGGGUUUAGGUGGGCGGAGCCAGGUUGGCGGUCAUGUGUGCUUUAGAGGCGGGCCGGAUGUUGCUGGGUUCCAGGCGUGAGGAAGGGGGAAGAACGGGUUGGAGAAAUACAAAUGUUUAAUUAUUUUAAAAAAAUAAAAUAAAGAGAUAUUAAAUUAAA